UCUGGUUGCGAACGGUCGGGUUUUGUCUUAGUUCCGCCGCGGAAGCUAAUCCGGAAAAGGGCACACAUUCUCACUUGAUGUCGGCAGGUGCUCUUGGUCGCGUUCCCGUGUUCGAUUCAGAUUCAUAUUUCGAGCUGUAGUGGAGGGACGAUUUAAAUAAUUUGUUGCUGAUUUGUGUCCGUCUGCUCGGGGAAGACGAAAGGUCGGCUCGGCAUAUGCGGUUCCGAAGAGUUUAUGCUAUGAUCCGCGGUGAAUGGUAAAGUGAGGGGUCGUGAAGCAGAAAUUUUUCAGUUAAGCUGAGAGUCUAACCGAGAAACAACAAGCCAGCUGAAAGCAGAAAUAAUCGUUCCGCUUGGAGGCAAAUGCUCAACGUUGGAUCAUCUUACGUUUGCUUCAUUUUCGCAGUGUGGACAUAUAAAUAAAUCUUAUACAGAAAUACUCCGCACCAGUUCAUCGACAGUAAUAAACGGACGCGCCUUUCGUAGAAUCCAGAAGCUACAAUCAUGGUAGCCAUGAAUCAAAACUACAUGGUCCUGAUAUGGUACCUCAUCAUAGUGAUCGUGCUGAUAUACCUGUUUGCAUUUUCACAGUGACGUCGUAAAUUACGUCACGUCGAAAAUAUUAUGUCUUACCUAGACAAUGUAUCGUAGUUAAGUAGAAGUUUAAGUAGAUAGAGUCAAGAAUAAUUGAUAGAAAUGUAAAUUCGAUUGUCGAAUCUCGCAUAAACACAUUCACACCCUCACAGACUUGCACAUUCACAAAGGCACAUUGAUGAUUGUACAAUAACUAUACAGUUAUUAGAAAUGAUAUUGGGAUUGUUCAUAAGACAGCACCCUAACUUUGUAUACUCUAUCGAGAUGAAGCGUGUAGGAAAGCUAUCACACUUAUCUUGCUGCACCUGCUUCUAGCGGCUCAGAAUAGCUGCAACAUUCCCAAUAAGAUAAACGAGAAAAGACACAACACUCACUAUUAGUUACACAUGCCCAAGUAUCACCAGCUUCCCAUUUACCAGUCGUAGAUCUCCCCCUAAGAUGAGCCAAUUUGUGCAGCCAGCUUGAAGCGAUUAUCAUUUGUAAGACCUUGUAAUCUAGCGUACAGCAAUUAACUUAAAAUUAAACAAAUAUCGCGUCUUCGAGUUAAAGAUGCACCAGAUCCAGAAAUCGAAAAAGCACCAACACGAGCAGUGAGAACACGAGCACAAGGAAAAACUCGCAACCAUAACGAAAGCAAUAUUCACAUAAUUAAUAAUUUUAAUCUAUAUAAAUAAACAACCGAACACCGUCGAAGAAGGCAAGCAAUAGAAACAAAUGUACCCAUCGUCGUCAUCCGUAAACGUCACCGUGUCAACGUUUUGCCCCGAAGAUGACAUUUUCGGACAGCGGCAAUUUACUAUUUGACGAUCCCCUAUAGCUAGUGUUGGUGGUCCCAUUCGGAUUCGGGGAUGCUGGAGAAUCGUCCACCGUCCACCCAGUUGAACCGAUGCCAGUUGCAGGGAAGUCGUCUAGUCGAGCACACCACCGUUGACGACGCAGCCAAGACGGACUGUGUAAAAGUGUACUGCACUCGCCGAAGGACGCCUACUCGCCACGAUAUUUGGGACAGUACACAAUUGCAAAAAUGGCUCCGGCCAUUGGCCAACGGAAGUGACAUCGAAAGUAUUUGACCACAUCACGCUGCAAUCAAAAGACUCAUGGAGCUGCCCCAGUCGCAGUUUACCGUGCAGGCACAGUACUCCUUCAAGGGGUCCAACAAUGACGAGCUAUGCUUCAAGAAGGGCGACAUCAUCACACUUACCCAGCGCGAGGAUGGUGGCUGGUGGGAGGGAACGCUGGGCGACAAAACGGGCUGGUUCCCGAGCAAUUAUGUUAACGAGUAUGCCGGCCCACUGCCACUAUCGGAAACAAUACGACCGCCGGAGGAGAUCCAAGCAUUUCGAUCGGUAGUGUUUCGUGACCUGCUCGAAAGUGAAAAGGCACAUGUGGCUGAACUACGUGGCUUGGUGGAAAAUUUUCUAGAACCACUAGAAAGUAGUCAAAUUCUCACAACCGACGAAUAUACACAAAUGAUGUGUAACUUUGUUGAAAUAGUGGAAAUGCACGAAGAGUUUUACCAGAAUCUGGAAGAUUCAAACGAUCGCGUUGGAAAAGUGUUCCUGACAAAAGCGCCAACUAUGAAAAAAAUUCAUCAGUGCUACUGUGCUGCUCAUCCAAGGGCCAUUGUAAUAGUUGAUAAGUAUCGCGAUGAGUUGAACGCCUUCAUGGAAAAGCAGGGAGCUGCAAAACCUGGUCUAUUAGUUCUAACGACCGGAUUAUCAAAACCAUUUCGACGACUGGAUAAAUAUUCAGCCAUUCUUCAAGAACUUGAAAGGCACAUGGAAAGUUGUCACGCUGAUCGAGGAGACACACAACGUAGUAUAGCAGUCUACAAAGAUAUUGCCUCUUCCUGCUCGGCCACCCGAAGGCAGAAAGAGCUAGAACUGCAAAUCCUAACCGGUCCCAUUCGUGGCUGGCAAGGACAAGAAUUGAGUUCGUUGGGUGAUAUUUUGCACAUGGGCAGUGUGGCUGUUGGCCCUGAGCAUAAGGAUCGGUAUUUUGUUAUGUUCUCGCAAACGUUGCUCAUUUUGAGCGUCAGCCAACGGAUGAGUGCAUUCAAGUACGAGGGAAAGCUUCCCUUAACCGGUAUUAGUGUGAACCGUUUGGAAGACACGGAUCAAAUCAAAAAUGCAUUUGAGAUCACAGGAUCGUUGAUCGAUCGAAUUGUGGCGGUCUGUCAGGGGCCAAAUGAAGCGAACAAAUGGGUUGAUCUUCUCAACUCGAAAGUCAAUCCGACGAUGGAAGGACAGCAGCCUGUGAAGGAUUUGAAAAGGAUCGUAAGCAGUUCGGCAGUGAAUAUUCCGCAGCCACCACCCCACGGUAAAGAAACGCUCGACGCACGUGGCUACAGCACCCGCGUCUCCGUAUGUGCAUACAGUCAGAUCGGUUAUCAACCGACGUUUCCACCGAACUCCUAUCCACCGACGGCUCCGUAUGCUGCUCUGACGUCCUUCUUUCGGCACCUGUUCAAAAACGGUGGAUUGUCACGAUACGUAGUGCAGGCGUUGCUUUAUCCCCAAAUUACGCAGGUUGUCGAUACUAACGGUGUUGUGUUACGUCGAAAACAUCGUACUACCGUCCGGAUGUAUCGAAGGGAUCGGGACCGGGAGACGGAAAACGAACUGGGGCAAAGCAAUGAUGAUGAUGAUGAUGAUGAUAGUAACGGUGGUUCGUGUACAUCUUCGUGUUCUGCUAAUUCAAAAACUUUGGAGCGACAAAAUGCGGUUGAUCACGGAGAUGAAGACCCGUAUGAAACGAUUACGUUUUUUACCGGCAGGAAAAAUGAUAGUACCACUAGGGAAAGUACCAUCUAUGAAAGUUACAUCGAUCAUACGAAGGCAGAUGAUGGAGAUGAGUCAUUUUUCUUCAUCCCUAACGAACCAGCAAGCGAGGAGAGAAAGAGUACCGAGAGUCAUGGGUCAUACUUUAUUGGCUCGACGCCGAUUCCUUGUUUGAAGUUGAAUGAUUGUGAAAUGGUUGGAGGCGAUGGGGGUGAUGGAAAUGGUGGUGUUGAUUCAGUUCAUACCAGCACCGCACGACUGCAUCUCGGAGAGAUCAAGCAGCAGUGUUCGGAACAGUCUCAAGUAUCUAGUUUUGAACAUAGAAUAGGACAUGGCCGUAUGGCGUGUGAGGAUUUGUUGAAUUUAGAUGAUUCCAUGAGGAUAAAAAAUUCGCUUCAACAGAAACCAAUAAUCGAGGAAAGGCACAGCAUGCCUACCUAUUUCGUGGGAAAUCGGUUUGCUAGUUCUUCGAUGACUGAGAUAUAUAUCCCCUCGUGGAAGGAUCGACAGGAGGUUCAACAGCAGCAGCAAAAAACAGUGACAACAUCGUCCGCCGACCGCUCUAGUGUACAUUCCAGUUCGCUCGAAAUUCCAGCUUCAGAAAUUGCUGUUUCCGUGCCGGAUCACGUAUCAGCUGAAUUAUUGUAUAACUUCUACAGUUCUUCGUCCGGAUCCUCAUCGCUGACAUCGGGAAAAAUCUUCACACCUCCGCCUGAAUUUUGCAACAAUGGCCCAUCGAUAAGAUGUUUGUCCCGCGAAGUGACACCAUUCCGUAAGCAUUCAAUAAAUUCUGAUAAAAAACUUCUGCUAAACCAAAAUCAUCUCAGAAAGGGCGAGAAUGAGGAUCCAAUUGGUCCAUCCAGCAGGCGGUGUGUAAGCUACCAGUAUGUUAAUAUUGGAGGUGGGCAUCGAUCGAGCGAAAUCAGUAAUAGCUACAGUAGCAAAGAAGAAGACGAAGGAAACAAAUCGACCACUUAUCGGCUGAAGCAAAGCAAUCAGCAGAAAUCAGAACAGACUCAUGCUAAGUGUCGCUUCUGCAGUACCAGUUCCGGUUCCCGUUGCCAUAGUCCUCGAUCGAGCGAUUCAGGUAUGGCCGGUAGUCUUACCAUAUCCUCACCCGAUCCUCCUAAAUUAUCAGGCGAUUUUCUCCUUUAUGAUUCAGAAAACCUCGAUCACCGAACCGCCCUUGCCGGUAGUAAUAAUAUCGAUCAUGAAGCUUGUGCGCAUAGAACCAGUCGGCUACGACACUCGCGCUCAAGCCACAAUAUUGGCCGUUUCGCAUUGCACAGAGAUAGUGUAUUCAAUUUCACCGACAGUGGACAGUAUGAUCAUAGUCAUCCAUUUCACGAGGAUCCUCACCGGAAUAAUACCCUAAAGAGCGAGGAUUCCGAGAUGGACCCGUCAAAAUUUGUGCGAAGUCGUAGCGAGCAACGGCACUCAAGCGACGACGAUGAGAUCCCCGCAAAGGAGUACUGCGGCCGAAGUCGUAUAGUGGUGAAUUUGCACGGAUAUCGUAACACAUUCGAGCCGGAAGGAAGAACAAAGGAACAACGGGAGGAGGGAACGAUAUACAAGACUGGACUGUAUGCACAUUGGUGGAAGAAGGAAAAGUUGCCCAUAUUUGUCGUUAGCCACGAUAAGCAAGGCGCGGCGGAAGAGAGCGAUAUCACUGAUGCUACUCGCAGCAAUUGCAAUAAUUUUGGUGCAGCAAUACGGGGCUCAGAUGUCCCCACCGACUUCCGGCAGCAGUCAUCCGUCCCGAUGCAGUUCCAUCACACAGCACAUGUCGCAACACAAACGCAGUCAAUCGUUCAAUCAUCACCUGAGCUACAACCAGGUUCAGCAUCACCAGCAAUCACAGAAGCAACUGUUGUCCAAUUAUGCCAACCGGGCCAGCGAACAAAGCCCGCAACCGGUGCCAAACCUAAAAGGUAUCAAGGAAAAAGCUAAUUGGAGGAUCACUAAUCUCCGCCCUGCCGCACCUCUUCGACCGGCUCUUCUGAACGCUGGUGGAGGAGGGAUAGGUGGAGGGGGAAGUAUUGGCACCGGCAGUGGUAUCACCGGAUCCGGCAGUGUUCAUCAC